GAGAGUAGAUCUGGCUCUAACAAGUGGCAUACAGAGCUGCAUUCAUUUUGUCUGCAUUACCUGUUAAACACACAGAGGAGCAAAAAGACAUAACUUGGAAGAUGACGUCCUGGAGCAUAUGGCUGUUUCUCUCAAUUUCCAUCAUUCUGUUUACAGUUAAUGUUUCAGCUGAUGAAGCUAAUGGUUUUCUAAAAGAUCAGGAAGCACUCAGUCGUGUCAAACGUAGUGGCAAGUGGCAGCGGACAGAGCCAGACUCUUCUUACUAUCAACACUAUACCAGCAAUGGCAAUAGGAAGGGGAACAAUAAUGGGCGCUAUGAGACUGACCGCUUCAGACAGAAUUACUUCCCAACACGUGACACGGAAAAGCGUUAUGGCAGCAGUGCUCGUUAUUAUCAACGCAGUGGUGGUGUGCCCCGCAAUGGAGAGGAAGGCAGUGCACAAGUACAAUCAGCUGCAAAGUGUGACUCUCGUUAUGACAGAAAUUGUAGAGCACCUCCUUCACAACGACCUGCUACCACUUUGGUAAAAAAGGCAUCUGCAUCCAAUGGGUGUGACCCACGUGACCCCAGAUGCAGGCCGUAUGUCAACCAACAAGUCCGUGCCCAGAAACCCCAGAAGCCAUAUGAGGUAAGACAGCUUGGCUGUGAUCCCUACUCUGAUUCUGACUGCUCUGAAACAUGGAAAGGCGUGCAAACCCCUCCUUCCCAAACCUCUGGCACUAAGGGUUUCUCUGACUCAUAUGAUGCAAGACGCCAGUCCAGCGUCAAAGGUCAAGUUACCCCACUGUCAUACAGAUAUGUGAAAAAUGGGAGAACAGAUGAAGCUUAUGAUUUGUCAGAGAAUGGGAGGCAAAUUUCCCGAGCAUCACAUGGGUCCAGACAGAAAAGUAAAGCCUAUGAAAUCCAGGAGGGGUCUGACAAUGAGGAGGAAGGUGGUCCAGAAGCUGAUGAGUCUGCACAAAGAGGUGUAAAUGGAGAACAUCCAGAAAGAUCAGAUGCAGAGGAAGACUCAGCAGAGGAUGGUGCAAGAGAUAAUGCCAAUGCAAAGAAUCAAGAACGUCAUGAAUCUACUGAGAAUGGAGAAGAAGCUGAAACAGAAGAGUUAGAGGCAGAAGAGAAAGCCAGACCUAAACCUCAGGCAUCUUCAGAGAAUGGUGAAGCAGAAGAAUCAGAAACAGAGGAUCAGUCUGCACCUGAAUGGCAUGGCUCUAUGGAGGAAGAUGGUAAGAGGUCUAGAGAGUCCAGUAAAAAGGGACACUUCAGAACUGGACAGCACUACAGAAGCAUUUCAGAAAAAAAGUCUGAUAAUGGCCAUUACAACAGAGGUACACUGAAUCCUUAUGAGUCACGUACAAAGGGAUAUUCAGGUCACACACAGCGUUACAGAAGCAGUCCUACUGUGACCCGUUACAACACUGCUACAAAUGGACCUUUGGGAAACAGAUACCACAAUAGAGAGUAUAGUACAAAAGGAUUAUCAGGCAAUGGGUAUGGCUCUAGGGGCACUGUACUUGCAAAUCCUUACGGGUCAGACACCAAGGGAGUGUCACGCAAUGGAUAUCGUCAGGCUUCUUACAGACAACCUUACAGCUUUAAAGGGUAAAUCAUUGUAAUGUUUAACAUCUGAGGUGGUUUUCUGCAAGGGAUAUGGUAAAUUUGCUGCAUGCAGCAGCUGAAUUGGAAGCUGUAGAUAUAACCACCAGUAGAAAAUAAGCCCCUGAGAAUGUAUCCACUGUUUGAGAAUAGACUUCCUGUAGUAAAUCUAAAGGAUUUUAUCACUUCUAAAUAAACUUGACAUAGACACUGCUUCAGCAAUCUUUGUGAUCAAGCUGUUUACUAUUCCUGUUGUUUUCUGAUUCUACCAGUUUUCCUUAACUGUUGACAUUUUCAUGUAGCAGGCAGCCCAUUACAUUCACCACAUACAAGCCUGUAGAUGUUUUCCCAAACAGAGCAAAUUCAUGUCCACCUAUUGUUUUGUUUCAUCAUGUUUGACAUAAUUAAAAUUUAUUGUGCAUGCAGUGGUUUGACCUUUUCCAGUCCCAUACCUCUCAGCUGCACUACCAUGCUGCUUAUCACAGAUGAUAGCCACUGCAUAGAGCAUGUCCCCUUAAUCCACAUGUGGCAGCUUUUCUGGAUGUAUAUAUUCCACAUUUCUGCACUUGACUCCAUUAUUCAUGUGUGGUGCUUAUGUGUACAGCUGUUCUACAACUAUGUACUGACCCUUCAUCCCUUUUACGUAUGACUUUUGUUUCAUUUGCAUUCUGUCCCCUUAACCUUUCUAUAUACAUGACACGUGUGUGUGCUGUCGCCUCAUCUGUUAUACAUAUGGCACAUUCCAUUAGUGUCUUGUCCCUCUGCCCUUUUAUAUAUUAUUUCUGCUCCAUGUGUAUACUGUCACUUCAGCCCUUCUACAUAUGACAUCUGUCCUAUGUGUAUCCUACCCUAUUCACCCUUUAUCACAUGGUAGCUGACACCUCAGCCCUAGGAUAUGACAGUGCUCUACAUACAUAUCAUCCCUUUCUUCCUCUGCAAACAGCAGCAUUCCACAUGAACCCUGGUAUACCUAUUCCUUCUGUAGAGGACAGAUGCUCUGGAUGUGUUGUAUUCUUGUCAACUACUCCACAAGUAGCACCAUAUUUUACUGAAAACUAUCCUCUACAAACAUUCCAUAUGAAAACUAAUGUCCCCUUAGUCACCACAGUUCAGUAUGAGCAGAGUCUCUUAAAUGUUCAAAGAUGACAAAAAAAAAAAAAAAAAGGAUGACAGUUGUUCUCAGUAUGCAGUCUCCCUUGGCUGUUUCAUAUCUGAUCACCUUUCUGGAUUAGAUCUAUCUUCUUUAGCCUUCUAGAAGUAAUAGCACUGAAGUUGAACAGUGUCCACUAGUGUGCUCCAUGUUUCACAGCAGUUCCCGCACAAAAGCAUGCUUCACCACCACCUGCUGAUGUGAUGUCCGUUCUACAUGAGUUCUUUAUCUCAUUCCUUCCUUAUGUACGGCCAUUACAUUACAUUAGUAGGGUAUCCUUAAAGUCACACUAGGUGACAAUAUGGUUUAUUGCUCAGAAGCAAUGCUCCUCCUCAGCAUUUAAGAAUGACACAUUUUUCGUCCAAAACUUGGACCAUCUGGUCUGUCAGCACUCAUUGUCAGACAUCAGUAAUGCAUACAACAUUACUUUCCAUAAGAAUCAGCUUCCAUUUCAAACACAAAUCAUGUGACUUUUGAGUCACUCCAUCUUCCACAUUUAACACUAUUUACAUAGAAAUGAGAUAUCUGUAUUUAUAGUGCCACACUGAUGAUAUGUUCAGGCAGAAGUCACAUUUAUGAUUUGCCCAGAGUGCUACACCUCUUACCAUGACAGUAGUGGGGUAUCACAAGUGUGAUGACGUCAUCUGGUAUCUCCUUAAUAAUCUGCAUUAUCAGUUAUUAAAUAUCCAUUUUUGGACUAAGCAUGCUAACCAACUUUUAACGCUACUGAAAAAUCCAGGGUUGGGGAACUCGUGCUUGUCAGUUACACAAAGGAGCAAGUCACUGGAAACAUAAUCCAUGUUCCCCUUACUGACUUCUCAGUCCACGUAGUGAUACACUAAGUUAAUUAUUAAAUGUGGAGCGUAGUGCAGGUCAUUCUUAGAACAGCAGGGUCAGGAAAGCCUUGGUUUGUUGCCAGAGACCUUGUCUCCAGAACAAAUGCAGAUUAAUGGAGGCUGGCUUCAAAGAAUAGGUUGCAGUCGCUUGGGAAAAUGAAAAGUGACAACACUUGAGGUACUUCUGUAGGUGGAUGUACAGGUAGCAAGGCAUGCUGGACAAAAUGGAAUGGACUUGCUGUGUCUCACAGGAGCACAGCAGUGGAGGCUUGCAUCAACAACCAUGUCCUGAUGCCAUCAGCUUGAAGAAAGGACCUCAGGAGCCAUGCCCUGGUAACAGAGGUUUUUCAGGGACCAUGUUCCAGUGACAGCAGCCUUAAGAGAAGGUGACAGGAAAUAUGCAAUAAUGAUAAAAGACCGUGGGAUCCAUGUCAUGAUGAUAGCGUCUAUAGCAAUAAACCCCUAGGAUUCCCUAUCACAACUGUGGCAGCACACACUGAGUUCCACAGAUGUAAAAAAUAAAGAUCAAUUUCAAUAACACUGUAGCAAAUGAUAAAGCUUGAUGUUAUGUUAUUCAUAUAUUUUGCUAGGGGGACAAGCUGGUGGGGGGGGGGGGUGCUGUGUCCUCAUUACCCCUAAUAACUACAUGUUCUAAUUCCAGUGUUGCUAUACUUUUGAGUAGAGGGUAUGUUCUAAGGUAAUGCAACAUCAGAGUUAAUAUGUAUAUACUCCAAAUUCAUUAUUAAACUCUUGAAGUUCCAAGGAUUUCAGUUUUGGUCUUCAUAAUUACAUUAUGAACUGGACUUCAGAAACCAGGUUCUAGCAAAAGCACAUCAGAGGAGAGGAAGUUGGUAUGUUCAAAAUCCAGAUCCUUGAAAUGUGUGCUGUCUAGCAUACCAUCACAGAGAAGUGGCCUUUCCAGUACUGUGAGGGGUAAGCUGAUUUGGGGAUUAGAGGGUAGGUGAAGGUGAAUGAGAAAGUAAGAAGUGUGGAAGGAAAGAAGGACUAAUAUUUCUGAUGGCAAGCAUUCAGUUUCUGCCAUGCAUCCCAAUCCCAACUAACUCAUUGCCUUUCAAUUUUGGUAACCCACCUGCUUCUCUCUCAGAGCAGCAAUGUUAUGGGAGUUUUCAAUAUCUUUUCCAAAGUCACACAUUGUACACAAAUGUAUCAGAUACACAGAGUGCAGAGGUGACACCUGUCACUACACAUGAUGUAACAAUUCAUACUACUCUCCUUUAUCAGAAGUAGAACAUGAGCCAUAGGGUUGUUCCAUUUUUCAUACUUUUGCUACUUUCUGAAACAAUGUGCCAGAACCUGACAUUACAAACAGUAGCCAUGCCUCUGUACUAUAUAUAGGGCAGUGAAAUUCUGACACAUUAAGCACAUUUUUUAAAUUAAGUUAGUUCUAGAAAAGUCACUUGUCACAUAUGUUUCUUGGACUAAAUGCACCUUUGAAAAUAGCCGCAGUGCAAAACAAUCAACUUACACUCUAACAGUACUGCAGGAUCCAUUUGUGUAUGUGUAGCACUAAAUGACCUUUCAGAGAAUUUCUAUCUUUAUAUGAAGACACUGCCCGCUAAUGUUAACAGAGCCAUAAAGUGCAGACUGUCAUUAAAAGGGCACCUUUAAGUUGCUUAGAAAGCAACACCAGACUGCUCAAAGGUAAAACUGGGAAAAACAUUUUUGAUAUUUAUUUAUACUCUGCAAGUUGCUGAUGUCACAAAUUAUGAAAUUCUUUUUUUCCCUCCAAAAUCGAACAAAAAUACUACAAACCUUACUGCUAUUGAAGAAAUAUGUUUUUUUCAGCUUCCAUUAUAUUUUUUCCGACUUGAGAAUGCAUCUAUGUCCAUGUUGUGGGAAGGGGUGCAGAAAAACUAUUGCAUUGUGUCUGCCUGUACUAUUUAAUGAUCUAUCCUAAUGUUUAGAAUUUGCCAAAUAAAUGGAUAUCAGAAAUGAAAAUGUAGUGAAACUGGUUACUACUAUACUGUGCUUUACAUUUAAGCUGUAAAAAUACAUAACUAAAAUGACCUUUGCUAUCAGUGCAUUUUCUAGAAAAUAUAUUCACAAGAUAGUGGAUUUGAGCUAACCACAAGAGGUAAUAAGAGAGGGCAGUAUCACCCAUUUUAAUUCACUCAUUGCUUUUAUUUCUAUUUAUGUUUUGAAUGCUGUUUUCUUGCUUACAUUUUGGUUACUUUCUUCUACCUGUGUUGACCACUGCAUAAAUAGCAUAGCAUCAUAAACUGGGGAAACUGGAAAUUAAUUCAAAACCAGCAGGAUAUAAUUAAACCAAAGAUGUUUAUGCUAAAGAUAUAGAGCAUUUAUAAGUAUUGUGCACAAGUAAUCAUUUUGUCUGGAGUAUUCAUCAAGUCUGAAAAUAUGAAGGGAAAACUAUGAAAUUUACUGGAAAAAUCAGAAGAAUACAAAAUGCACAGCACACCAUUAAAAAACACAACUGUGCUGCUAUUUAUUCAUACUCGAAGGAUCCCUUGUAAGAUGAUGAAAAUGUUAAUAGUGGUUUUAAAGCUUGUCAUAGCAGCUUAAAUAAAGUAAUGGUCUAAAAGUC